AAACAAAAUAAACGAAGAAGGCACACACACGCACAGAAGAAAGAGCGAGUGAAAAAAGCCAAUGAAGAAGACGAAGUACGUAGAGAUUUCGCCGGCCGGAGAAAAAAACUGAGUUUCGAAGGGAUCGAGAAGACAGACAGCGUAAGUGGCGGCGGAGGAGGAGGAGGAGCAAGACAAUUCGCCGGUCCUGUCAUGGAGGUCACCACACUUGAUCGUGGCUUUGCUAACUCCACCACCGUUGAUUUCCCGAUCUGGGACAAAAUUGGCGCCGUCGUUCGACUUACCUACGGGAUCGGAAUAUAUGGAGCAAUGGCUGUAGCAGGAAAAUUCAUAUGUUCAGUGACUGGGAUUGACUCAUCUGGUGGAUUUGAUCUUUCUCUUGAUGCACUUCUCGCCGGACUUGGCUACGCAACACCACCGAUCAUGGCUCUUCUCUUCAUACUUGAUGAUGAAGUUGUGAAACUGUCACCGCAUGCUCGGGCCAUCAGAGAUGUGGAAGAUGAAGAACUAAGAAGCUUUUUCUUCGGAAUGUCACCUUGGCAGUUUAUACUCAUUGUCGCGGCAAGUUCAAUAGGAGAAGAGCUCUUUUACCGUGUUGCCGUACAGGGUGCUCUGUCUGAUAUGUUCUUGAGAGGAACACAAUUGAUGACAGAUUCUAGAGGCAUGGCAUCUCUGACUGGAGUCUUGCCUCCGUUUGUCCCGUUUGCUCAAGCAUUUGCAGCUGUGAUCACAGCGACUCUCACAGGCUCUCUUUACUUUCUUGCUGCUUCUCCUAAAGACCCGACAUACAUUGUUGCACCGGUUCUAAGGGCACGCCGAGAUGAUUUUAAGAAGCUUCUGUCAGCUUGGUAUGAGAAGAGACAGAUGAAGAAGAUUUACUCUCCCCUCCUCGAAGGACUCUUAGCUCUCUACCUCGGUAUUGAAUGGGUUCAGACGGAUAAUAUUUUAGCACCGAUGAUGACGCAUGGUAUAUAUUCGACGGUAAUACUAGGGCAUGGGCUGUGGAAAAUUCACGAUCACCGGAGAAGAUUACGCCGGAGAGUCGAACGGCUUAGAUCGGAAACCACCGAUGAACAGUUUUAA